GAAAGUUCAAAAAAUAUAAAGUCAGCCACCUCUCUCUCUCUCUCUUCUUUCUCUCUCCUCACGCGCCUUAUUCCCCUCUCUCUCUCUCUCACAAUACUCACACCAUUUUCACCGCUUCCACUCUCCUUCGGCAGUUACAACGGAUCCCUAUUCAAUUUUUCUGACCAAAAAAAAACCCUCCGAAAGAUUCUUUCUCUCUACACAUUCACCACCAUCUUCAUCUUCAUCUUCUUCUCCGUGAUUUCCUCCUCGUUUCCCCGUUUUCUCCGCUCUAUAGCUUUACUUCCUUCAAUUCUUUCCUUCAUUUUCAUGAAACUUCCUCGGAGAUGAUUCGCCACAGCCACUACAACGUUGAUCGGAGCUCCAUUGAACGGUUGCCACUACGAGCAGGUCUUGGUUGUUCAAAUCAACUAUGCGUCUCUGUUAUUGAAAGUUCCUGCUAUGUUGAACUUUGUUCCCUCUGCUAUAGAAUUUGUACCUUAAAAUUUGUAGGAUUAAGUUACAGGAAAUAGUAAGAAUGAGAAACAGAGAAACUUACCAACGAUGGGCUCUGAUUCCACUUCGUGCAGUAGUGGUGUUACAGAAGAAGACUCGUUCACUCGUGAGCUGGGGUGGCGAUCUUCUAAAGGCUCUUUUGGAGCUCCAGUGAAGAAAUUAUUAGCAGAUGAAAUGUUGAAAGAAACUGAAAUAAAAAAGAGGUCACCUGGCGUUAUUGCCAAAUUGAUGGGGCUUGAUGGCAUGCCUUCUACGAGGUGUGCUUAUAAUCGACAAAAAUGUCCAUCAGAGGGCUCUUCACCGAGGUGUAUAUCAAAGGAGAAGGUGGGAAGGAGGGGCACAUAUUUUGAUGGUCAAAUGACUCGGAGAAGCUCAAAGGAUCAACAAGAAUUUAAGGACGUCUUUGAGGUUUUGGAAACGUCAAAGACAGGGCAGAGUAGAAACCCAGAUCAACGAACCCCAAAUUUUGUGGUGACUGAAUCAGAAAUGGCAUUCAUUCGGCACAAGUUCUUGGAUGCUAAGCGUUUAUCAACUGAUGAGAAGUCGCAAGAUUCAAGGGAAUUUCAUGAUGCACUUGAUGCAUUAGAGUCAAACCGAGAUCUUCUACUGAAAUUUCUACAUCAACCAGGAUCAUUGUUCACUAGGCAUCUGCAUGAUUUGCAAGAUGCCGGCUCCUGUUCUAGUCGGGGUUGCUUACCUGCUAUUGAAUCAUUGGACAACAGGAAGUGUGACUACCCUGGGUUUCGGGGCAACCCAGAUUGGGGAACACCUCCAAAGAAUAGUAGUAAAUCAAAUCACAAUCAACGGGGUGGACAUUCCAGCUACUCAGAUAGUUCAUUUUCCGCUCAUUCUACAAAGUCUUCUAAAAUUUUGGAAAGAAAUGAUGAACUAGACCAUCUUCCCACAAGAAUUGUUGUUCUCAAACCCAAUAUUGGCAAAGUGCAAAAUGCUAGAAAUAUUGUUUACCAAUCUCAUUCCUUUCAAGAAUGUUCAGAUCUUGGUGAGUUAAAAACUGUUGAAAGGACAAACAAGGAAUUUAGGGGGAAAAAGGACUCUCUAGAUAAGAAAGUUGUAUCUAGGCGUAGUUACAAAGAAUCUAAAGAGAUUCCUAAUGGGAAAACCAGGCAGAUGAGAAAUGAAGUUAGUACGCCCCCAAUGAAUAUAACAUGCUCCAGUUUCCAAGGAUAUGCUGGGGACCAGAGUUCUUGCAGCUUGUCCGGAAAUGAAUCUGCAGAAGAACCAGUGGUGAGGACUGUGAAUAUAAAAAGUUCGUCCAACUUGAAUAUGGGAUAUCGGCAAUCAUCUUCACGUCAUAAAGAAUCAUCCAUCAGUAGGGAGGCAAAGAAACGACUCACUGCUAGGUGGAGAUCCUCUCGGAACUCUGAGGAUAAGGGAGUUGGUAGAGGCAGCACCCUGGCGGACAUGCUAGCUGCCAAUGCUAAGGAAGCUACACUUGCAGAUUCGUAUGCACAAAUUACAAAGGGGUUCCCAGAUAAAUUCUCUAAUGAUGUGCAACCUGAUAAGGAGGUUGAACCUUUAGGCAUAAGUAGCAAUGAUGGCUGGAAAGAUGAAUGUAGCAAAUUAACCAGGUCGAGAUCUCUUCCUGCUUCAUCAAUUGGCUUUGGAAGCCCUAAAAUAAUGCACCGAUCUCACAAGCAGCAUCUAAUCUCAAGAGAGCGUAAACAGGAAAAUAAUAAGGCUGUGAAAGUUAAUUUUGAUCAGAGGGAACGGCUACCAUGCCAAAAACCGACAUCCUCAUUCAGGGACAGCAAUGACAUGCUAAUGCAAACCCCAGGAAACCCGAUUAGCAUGAACACUUGCUCUCUUGACAAUAGUUCAUCUAAAAUGGCUUCUACAGAGUUUGAGGCCUCCUGUUCCUAUGUGGAUAGAAGUCCAAUUUCUCAAAGUGUUGAGGAUGAUGGAGAUGCCUGCACAAUGACGUUUCCUGAAACACCUGAUCAUUUGGAGUUGGAGACGUCGGAGUACAUAUCAAGAGUUGGAAAUUCUUAUGUUGACCACCAAGACAAUGUAAUACAAGAGGAAGGGGCAUCUGUAGAAAGUCCAGCGCCUUUGCACAAAUCUGUACCUGCGCUUGAAUCUCCUGCUAGCUCGAAGGAGGCUGAUCAACCAAGUCCAGUUUCAGUUCUGGAACCUGCUUUUGGUGAUGAUCUCUCCUCAUGUUCUGAAUGUUUUGAGAGUGUCAGUGCAGACCUCCAAGGCCUUCGAAUGCAGCUUCAGCUACUCAAGUUUGAAUCCGAAGCAUUCACUGAGCGACCAAUGCUCGUAUCCAGCGACGAAGAUGCAACAGAAUUAGCUUCUGAACUACCGGAUGAGGAGGGGGUUCUGCUCAGAACAAAUGAUAGCUGGGAAUUCUCUUAUUUACUUGACAUCUUGAACAAUGCAGGCCUUAAUGAUAAUGCCAAAGCAGGUGCCUUAUUAGCAACCCUGCACACCUCCGAUUGCCCCAUCGAUCCAAAGAUGUUUGAGCAGCUUGAAGAAAAGCACAGCUUAGCUUCCUCAAUGACACGGUCCGAUCGGAGACUGCUUUUCGACCGCAUAAACUCUGGAAUCUUGACGAUCGGGCAACAGUUCAUCGACCCCCAGCCAUGGGUGAGAAGGCCUUCAAAAACAAAGCUUGCCAGGAAGUGGAUGAUGAAGAAUGAGCUCCAAAACAAACUCUGUAAGUUUCUUGACACCCAAAUAGUUAAAAAUGAUGUAGUAGAGGAGGAGUCAGAAUGGCAGGAUUUAGGAGAUGAAAUUGAUGUGAUAGGUAAGGAAAUUGAAAUGUUGAUGUUAAAUGAGCUUUUAGCUGAAGUAGUCACAAUGUGAUAUAGAGUUUUUGUUACUUUAUGUCAAAAGGUCAUAGCAUCAAAUGUGUAGAUGAAAUGGUGUGUUAACCACUCAUUUUGUAUGAUGAUUCAAUAAAUGGAAUUAAUGACCCUACUUCUCCGUUCUCACUCACG